UCCAAAGGCAAUGAGUUGUGGGAUAAUUGUUUGUCCAAUCUUCUAAACUCUCAUGAUCAGCCCACCCUUCAGUUUGUCUGUUUCACAUAAACAUUUACUGCUCUCCCCCUAAAUUAUCAUUCUUCUACUUUUCCCCGCGCUUUCAAAUUCUCUGCCAUUAAUGUCUCAUACAUUUCACCUGCAUAAUUUCAACUAAAUUUGGUGGCCAUUUAUUUAUUGCUUGCUUUUCACUGCCAAAAGAAAGCUCUUUUUUAAGGAAGUCCGUUUUUGUGACAUUGGCUGGUGGAAAUUGAUUUGGUACUUAUGCAAACAUUAUUUCUUGGUCUGAGUAAUUGGAUUGCUGACAAGGUUGCCUGUUGAUCAUGCCUACUGAUUCUUCCGACUCUCCGAAAAACCGGAGAGAGAAAAGAAGCGAUUUAGCUGAGGUUUCUGACACUGAAAAGCAACUUUGGGCAUGUAUACAUUCCAAAGGAGUGCUGCAUAAUGAUGCUCAAGAUCUAUACCAUAAGGCUUGUUGUAUAUAUGAGAAACUCUUCCUCAAUAAUAAUGAGCUACCGGACCUUCAAAACAUUGAAUAUCUUUUAUGGAGGCUUCACUACAAGCAUAUUGAUGAAUUUCGCAAGAGAGUAUCCCAAAGUUCAGCUAACAAUGAAGAAAAGAUGGUUGUAACCAACCAAAAGAAGGCUGCAAAUAAGGACAUGGUGGUUGCACACACGGAAGGGUUCAGAUCAUUUUUGUCAAAAGCAACAAAGUUUUAUCAAGAUUUAAUCAGAAAAAUUAAAAGAUUCUACGGCCUUUUUGAUGAGCCUUGGUUUUAUAAGAAUGAUGGAGUUUCAGGUCGCAUAGAACAGACAGAGUUGCAUAAAUGCCAAUUUGUUUCUCAUCGUCUUUGUAUCUGUCUUGGGGAUCUAGCAAGAUAUCAGGAACUGUAUGAAAAGCCCACUGAAAAGCAAAGAAACUGGUCUGCUGCUGCUAGUUACUACUUGGAAGCAGCUAAGAUUUACCCCGAUGGGGGAAACCCCCAAAAUCAGUUGGCAGUGCUGGCAACAUAUAUUGGGGAUGAAUUCCUUGCUUUGUACCACUGUAUAAGAAGUCUGGCAGUUAAAGAACCUUUCCAAGAUGCCUUGCAAAACCUAAUGUUACUAUUUGAAAGGAAUAGGUCAAUUAACCUGGAUUCGCAGUCAAAUAAUGUGUAUGACUUCUCUAAACCAUCUGAGUGGAUUUCCAGCCCAAAUAAAGCGGCAUCUGCUAAUGGUGCUUUAUUGUAUAACUCCACUCUGAAAGUUACUGAACCUAAUAUAACUAUGCCGACUGAUGCCUGGAUUCUUAUUAUCAGAACGACUAGUUUCUUCUUCUUAGAGUCCAGUUUGGAAAGCUUCCCUUCCACCUUUAAUUCCACUCUGAUAGAAUUGGAAGCAUUAUUGGCACUGGAUGUGGCAAAACUGAGCUCUGCAUUGGAAUCUUACCGGAAUAUGAACUUAUCUAAGGCAGGCCCUUAUCGAGCCCUGCACAUUAUCUCUGUCCUGCUUUUCAUCAUCCACAAUCUAACUGAAGCUCCAGAGCAGAAGAUUCUCAAGCCGAAAAAUGAGAUGCAGAAAUCCAUGCUAGUGAAGUUGGCUUUGACUGUUACAUUCACAUACAUGGGCCGUUUUGUUGAUCGGUGUUUGAAGGGAAGCCCCGUGAUUUACUUCCCUCUUUUACCCGCUUUACUUGUGUUCGUGGAGUGGUUGGUGGGUGCAAUUAAUGAGGUAGAUGUUGAGGAUGAGAAGUGUGAUAGCGCGAGGUGCUACUUCUUCGGCUCUUUUGUAGACCUCCUGAACCAACUCCAACAAAACAGGGCUCAAAUAAGCUUUCCUGAUCAUAUAGCUUUAUGGGAAGAUUAUGAACUGAGGGGAUUUGUACCUUUAUCUCAUACUCAUGACUCGAUGGAUUUUUCAAGUCAUUGGGAAGAAGAAAUUAAUUAUAAAAUGAGGAAUGAAUAUCGUGCCUUUCGAAUCGUUCAGGCAGCUACAAAGAUUGCAAUGAGAUCAGGUGGUAGGACAAGAAAAUGGCUAUAUUAUGAUGAUGUCAGUAGAAGUUUCAGUGUAAUGGAGGCAAAAGAUAGUGGAAAAUCAGCCCUGGUAGAAGAAGAAGAAGAUAUCGUGUUUAAGCCAAUCACCCGGCAUAAUUCAGAGCCAAUACCAUUAGAGCAACCAAAAGCAGAAGCUUCUGAUGAAUGCUUGCGGCGUGCUUCUUCACUUCUUGCAGCACAAAAUCGAGUUUUUAUGAACUCCUUAACUUCCACACCUACUUUUUUCCCCAUAUCAAGCAAUCAGUCAACUCAAAAUGAGCUUCAUAGUUCAACAAUUAGCACAUUUCCCGAGGGUCCGCUAGCUGCCGGGCCUCCAUCACUUAGCUCGUGGGUUAAUAACGGGGAGAGAUUAUCCAAUGCAAGAAAAAAGGGUAGAAAUGUAUUGAAACCCAUUGAGGAGGUGGUGGCUUCAGAUGAGUUGAUGAGAAGUCUUUCUCUGUCCACCAAUGAUAGCUCUGACUCUGCAUCUGCAUCUGCAUCUCCAGUAGCAUGUCCUUCCCCGUUAUUACCCAGUAACGCGGUGUGGUUCAUAAAUACAGCAACUCCUCAACCAGUGAUUUUUACUUCACAGCCCUCGGAGGCUCCCCAACCAAGCCCUGGUUUCCCUAGCUUUGUUGAUCAUUCUUCACCUUGGAGUAGGCCCCAAUUCCCUAAUCUUGGGAAUCACAAUCUACAAUGGGUCCCCCCCAAUCACCCAGUGCAAGAUCAAUACACUGGUAACCAUGGUUUGGAGGCUUCGAGUUUUGACAGUUGGAGUUGUAGUAAUAAUAAUCCGUGGGGUUCUGCAGGAACCAUGUACGUCGAUGGCGGUCCACCAUUAUUUCUUCCUAGCACUUCACUUGUUCAUGGGAUACAGGAUCAUCACCAAAGAGUGAAUCCCUAUCCUUCUCCAGGAAUGACAGACAGGAGAACAGAACCACAACCACUUCUGCAGUACCUUAAGGAAAGAGAGUGGCAGCUUCAGCAGGAGUCACCAUAUACAGGAUCUCCCUAUAUGCGUAACUGACUUAUCUGUUAGUUUGAUUUAUGUAGAGUUAAGUAUGAGAAAAUGCUAGCAAUUGUUGCAGAAUCUGAUAUAUCAACUUUUCCAUAGACCAUUAAACUAUAUUCUACUAGCUAUCACACAUCGAUUGUUUAGAUUGUGAAUGCAUAUGAUGUACAUAUUUAACAGUCUCUUAUCAGAAUUUCGAUGCAUUAGUGAGCUAACCAGUUCUGUUAUCAAAA